AUGAUAAUUGGUUGUGGUAUGAGUAUUCAUAAUGAAGUUACAGCUCGAGCAGCAUAUACAUUUAAUCCUACGAUAAAAGAAUAUACAAAAUAUGCUGAUUAUAUUAGACAAAAUCCUCAAUUUGUGCAGGAAGUAAUAUCAUUUCUUUAUGCGAUAGUUUCUCAUGGUACAGCAGAUAUAUCAUGGCAUAGUAUAGGAAUGCAUUCUGGAUUCAUAACUGCAAUGUCAGAAAUGAAUUUUAAUCAAAAUUGGGGCACAGCUCAUUCAGCAGCUGAUACAGGUGGAGAAUUUACUAUUUCACAUAUGGCAAAUUUGGAUUAUUUGGAAGACAAAUGGAAAGUACCAGUAGAUGACUUGAUAGAAAUAUAUAAGCGUACAAAUCAAUCAGUACUAAGAAAACAUAUAGAUUAUUGUGUUAAACAAGCAUUUGCGGCUAUUCAAGCCAAUAAAAGAUUUGGGAAAAUGUUUUUUUCCGCUUACGGAGAAAAGUCACCAUUCUUGAUAGAAAAAUUAGAAGAUUAUCACCGAGGAGGAAUAAAUAGUAUGAGCAUAGAAACUCAUGAAUGUUGGCAUGGACUUUCAAAAUGGUUAGAAAAUGGACCCAGUAUAAAUUUAUCAGAUAUUUGUAAAACAUUUAAUGAAUCAUUUGGUAAAUCAUUUGGUAAAUCACCUCAACUUCGAAUUCAUCCACCUCCUAAAUUAUCUGAUGUAGAUUAUUUCUUUCGAACAUAUUCAUUAAAAUUAUUGGAAACUAACGGAUAUCAUAUUGAUUCAUAUAUUGAUUCUCAUGAUAAUAAUAAUGGUGGUGAUGAUGCAAUAAUAACUUCAUCAGGAAUGAUACAAGUAUGUAAAACAAUGCCAGAAUCAGUGAUCAAAUUAGAUAUUUUUUAUGAAUAUGCGGCAUUUGGACAUGAUAUGACGAUAGGUGAUUUUAAUGGAGAUGGAAUUGAAGAUGUAGCAAUUAGUGCACCUUAUUAUAUUAAACAAUCACGUUUUGGUUGGUCACUUACCGUAGUUGAUUUAAAUUCUGAUGGAAUCGAUGAUUUAGCUAUUAGAAAGGUUUACGUAUAUUUUGGAAGACGACGACGACAACAACAACGAAAACAUGAAAGAUUGGAUAACGAUUGGCAGAUUGAAGCAUUUGGUCAAGUAUUAGCAUCAGGCGAUGUUGAUGGAGAUGGAUAUCGUGAUUUAUUGAUAGGAUGUCCAUAUUGUGGAUUUCAUAAUGAAUUUAGAACGCCACGGUUAUUACAAACCGGAGGAAUAUUUGUAUUUCAUAGUAGUAGUAAACAUUAUGGUAACAUUACGGUAUUUGAUAAUGAUUGGUCAUUAAAAAGUCCCGGUGAUCAAAAUUAUGAAUUAUUUGGAAAGAUUUAUGGAUUUGAAAUCGUAAAUAAAAAUGAUAAAUAUUUUGACGUACUGAAAUUUGAUCUUAGUGGAACAGAUGAUUUUCAAGGAUUUGGAAAUAAAAUCAUUGCUGGUGAUUUUCUGGAUAAUGAAGGUGAUUAUCUAAUGGUCUCUGCACAAUCUGAGGCAGGAUCUGUCCGAUUAAUAAAUAUGAACUAUUUAAAAAAAGGAACUUUAUUAUCAGAUUAUAAUAUGAGAUUAGGAAAUGGUAUUCUUUUAUUACUAUUAGGUGCAGAGAGUGCAUCCCAUUUUGGUAAUGAAAUAUAUUGGAAUGAAAUGGAAAAAGAAUUUUGGAUUUCUGAACCAUUUUCUUCUUGGGUAGCAGAUGAAUGUAUGACGGGUCCAACAAAACAAUCAAGAUUUGGAAAUAAGAUUUUAAUGUUUGAUUUCAAUGGUGAUGGAAAAAGAGAUAUGAUAAUUUCAUCAGAACAUUCAAGUUCAGUUGCAAGACCUAAUGAAAACCCAGCUUCAAUACCUUGA